AUGUCUUCAUCGGAGCCGACGGCUGACGACACGAGUCUUCGGCCAAUCCGUGCGAUCGAUGAGCAGACGGCGCGGCGUUUGCUGUCCGCUCAGGUGAUCACAACACUGUCAUCGGUGGUGAAGGAACUGCUGGAGAACGCCAUCGACGCCGACGCCACUGUCAUCACGAUUCGGCUCAAAGAGUUCGGUCGGGAUCUGAUCGAAGUGACCGACAAUGGGUUCGGCAUCGAUGGCUCCAACUUUGAUAUUCUGGCCAAAAGGCACUGCACUUCAAAGUUGUCCAACUUUGAGGACUUGUCGUGGAUCAAGUCGUUCGGCUUUCGCGGCGAAGCGUUGAACUCGUUGUGCACUUUGGCCGACGUGUCGAUACAGACCCGACACCUGAGCGCUAUAGUCGGCACGCGUUUGAAGUUUGACUCGAAGGCCAUAAUCAUAGCCCGCGAACCGAUGGCCCGAACGGUGGGCACUGCGGUGUCUGUCGAGCAGCUGUUCCACCGAAUCCCUGUCCGACGCAAAGAGUUUUGCGCUAAUAUUGGCCGCGAGUUCGACAAAAUGGUUCGUUUGGUUUCCGGCUAUUGUAUCGGUUGUGUCGGUCUUCGGAUCACUCUAUCGAACCAAUUGGCGAAUAAACCCAAACAAACCGUACUCUCGAGUCCCGGCAUUAGCCUUAAGAACAAUAUCGUCGAGAUCUUUGACACAAAACAGAUGCAAGCGUUGGUUGAGUUGACAUCGGAUCCAAUACCUGGUUCUCAGCCGUCGCUACGGAUCACUGGUUUUAUAUCGAAAUGCGAUUCCGGUUGCGGCCGAAGAACAACCGAUCGGCAGUACUAUUACGUGAACCGACGGCCGUGUGAUAUGAAGAAACUCCAGAAGUUUGUCAAUGAUAUCUACCGCGCCUUCAAUCGAGACCAAUACCCCUUUGUAUUGAUUAACAUUGAAAUGGACACCAAUUGUGUCGACUUUAACCUCUCGCCCGACAAACGAGAACUCUUGAUAUCGAAUGAAGAAUUCAUUUUUACCACAAUUCAAGAGACACUCCAACGACUCUUUAAGAAAGAAAAUAGUUGUUCAUUGGUUUCAAUGACAAACUAUACGCAAACAAAUAUAACCGCUUUUGUCACUCAACGGAAGCGACCCAUUGAGACCAUCGAUGACGAAGAAGUCUCAUCGCUGACCACAUCACCGUUGAAAGUGACACGAAGCCGAUCGCCGUGCGAUUCGCCCUUUCAGGUGACCACCAGUCGUGAGGCGAUAACACCACCCAUUCGCCCAUCCAAUGAUCGCACGGCAUCCGCUUCUCGAGACGAAGAAUUAGUGAUCGAAAAGCCGCAAAAGUUUACGACAGCUUUGAAUGUAAUGAAAGCGACUGACGUCCAAAUACCACGAUUUGGUGGUCAGUCUAGCGGUAGUCGCGGAUCAAUGAAUACAUUCAGAAUCAAUGGUAACAAUGAAAGGCAACAAAGUUUUCAUUCAAAUGAAAAGUCAAAAGAAAUCAAUUUUCAUGUGAAAGAAGUGCCGAUCAAUACGACACCAAAAGAGCCUAUUAUUAGUAAUGAUUUUUAUACCAGUAAUCGAGUGGUUGUCGAGAGCACAUCCCGUGUCGUACCGCCGAAGAAGCCGUGUCUGACUGAAUGCUCGAUAGUUGUGGAAUCCGAUGACGAAGAAGAAGGCUGUGGUCAACCAAAAUCAGUUAUAGAACCGAAAAAGAGUGAUGAAAAUGGCGAUCAGAUAACAGAUAUCGACAUUCAUACGAUUCGAGAAGAUUUGCGGCGAUUUGUUGGCCAAAGAAUACAAGAACCAGAAAUGAGGCCACGAUUUAGCGCUCAGAUCAAGAGCUCACAGAACGAUAGGGCGGAACAGGAGUUGCAUCACGAGCUGAAGAAGACAUCGUUCGAUGAAAUGCAAAUCAUUGGACAAUUCAAUAACGGUUUUAUUGUCACCCGAUUGGUCGGCGAUCUCUUCAUUGUGGACCAACACGCGACUAACGAGCGAUACAAUUACGAGCGUCUGUUGACCACAACGACUGUCAACACACAGAAUCUGGUGGUACCGAUGGCUCUGGAGUUGAGCGCUUCCAGCGAACAGGUGGUCAUCGAUCACAUGCAGACAUUCCGACGCCUUGGCUUCGGUUUGGUGGUGAACGACGCGGCAGAGGCUGGACAUCGACUCCACGUGUCGGCUCUGCCCACGACUGGCGACUGGAUGGCCACCAAAGAGGACAUCGACGAGAUUGUGGGCCUCAUUAUCGAAACUCCCAUUGAAUUGCUAACCGAUUAUAAAUUGAAUGGCUUUAAAAAAGUGAUCGCUUCCCGCGCGUGUCGGUCGAGUGUAAUGAUUGGCGAUUCGCUCAACACAUCCCAAAUGAAGACAAUCGUCUCGCAAAUGAGUGGCUGCGAGAAUCCCUGGCAUUGCGCUCAUAACAGGCCAACGAUCAGACAUUUGGCUAAUUUGGACAAACUUUCCUCUCUUUCCUCUCACAAUAGUUAG